AUGUCCAGGAAACAGAGGAUCAACUUGGUAAAUUUUAGCUUCCUUGACCAUAAGGCAGAGCUGAGGGCUCUUCUUCGGGCCAAGGGCCGCCGGGAGCCGUACAGUUUGGUGGAAAGCGAGUCUGACUUCUGGCAGUUUCUCGGCAAAUACGAGGCUAUGAUGAGGGCUACGGGGCAGCCGGAACUGGCGCAGCUGCUGAACAAUGACGAACUUGCCUGCCCACAACCUUACCAUCGCGCCAAGCACCUAGCCAUGCAUCUGAACGAAGAGCAGAUGCUCCAAGAAGCGCGUGGCGAGAUAGAAGCGCAGUUCCGGCAGUUGAUUCUGAUUUACCUGGACUUUCGGCAAAAGGAGAAGUUUCAGCGCAUUCGUAAAUUACGACAGGCGCAGCGUUCCCUGCCCAUAGCCCGCUUCCGAGAUGACUUGCGGGAAGCCCUGGACACUAGCCGUGUGGUCAUAGUGGCCGGCGACACGGGCUGCGGAAAGUCCACUCAGGUGCCUCAGUUCCUCUAUGACUUUGGCUAUCGCAGCAUUGCUUGCACACAACCUCGUCGCCUGGCUUGCGUUUCCUUAUCAAAACGAGUGGCCCACGAACUACUAGAUGACUAUGGGAGCCGGGUGGGCUUUCAGAUUCGGUUUGAACGCAGUCGCACUCAGCACACCAGCAUCACCUUUAUCACGGAGGGCUUGUUGCUGCGCCAGUUGGCGGUGGGCGCCAAUCUUGACCAAUACGACGCCCUCAUCUUAGACGAGAUUCAUGAACGCAACCUAUUUGGCGACUUUCUUCUGGGCGUCACCAAGUGCCUGCUGCGAGCACGCCCGAAGCUAAAGCUUAUUCUCAUGUCGGCCACUAUUAAUGUGCAGCUGUUCCACAACUACUUUAAGGAAGAGGGCGCUCGACUGGUUCAAGUUCCCGGGCGUCUCUUUCCCAUUAAGUUGCGCUAUAUUCCCCCACCGGCGUUGGAGCUUAAAGCUGGGCAAUCGGUCAGUACAUCUAAACACCAAAGCGGGCGUAUGGACCCGGCUCCAUUCGUCCAAGUGCUCAGCCUUAUUGACCAGCAGUAUCCCAUCAGUGAACGCGGAGACGUGCUCAUUUUCGUAAGCGGGGUGAACGAGAUCGAGUCCGUGGUAGCGGCCGUUGAGGAAUAUGCCACUAAGCAACAACACUGGAUCGUCCUGCCCCUGCACAGCGGACUGGCUCUCGCUGAGCAGGACAAAGUUUUCGACUACGCGCCCGAAGGCAGUCGCAAAUGCAUCGUCUCCACCAACAUUGCCGAGACCUCACUCACUGUGGACGGCGUGCGGUUCGUGGUGGACUCGGGCAAGGUCAAGGAAAUGAGCUAUGACGCCGCCUGUAAAGGCCAACGCCUGAAGGAGUUCUGGGUAUCCAAGUCGUCUGCUGAGCAACGGAAAGGUCGCGCCGGUCGCACUGGUCCAGGGGUAUGCUUCCGACUCUAUAGCCAAGCCCAGUUCGAUGCCUUUGAGCCAUACCCGGCUCCGGAAAUCCACCGUAUGCCGCUUGACACAAUGUUGCUGCAAAUGAUUUCUAUGGGACUACCCGACGUCCGUGUCUUUCCCUUUAUCGAGGCUCCGAAAUCUGAACAAGUAGAGCAGACAAUUUUGGCUUUAAAACAACACUGCGCUCUCAGCGUGGAGGAGAAGAUCACUCCGCUGGGCAGCUCGCUUGCCAACCUGCCCGUAGAACUCUCCAUUGGCAAAAUGCUACUCAUGGGCUGCGUCUUCCCAGAGGUGGAGCAGCUGCUGACCCUGGCCGCCAUGCUGAGCGUUCAGAACCCGCUGACAACCCGUGCACAGACGGACCACCGCUGCGAGCGGGAACGCCAGCCUUUCGAGUCCGACCAGGGUGACCUCUUCACCAUGCUGCGUUGCUUCCGCGAGUGGCUGCAGCUGAAGUUGCGUCGCGAGGGAACGCGGCAGUGGUGUCACCGUCUGGGCAUCGAGGAGCAACGCUUUUAUGAAGUCACCAAGCUACGGCAUCAGUUUCAGCGCAUCCUUGAGAGCUGCGGCAUGACAGUGGCCAGCGACUCUGGCUCUGGACCGGGCUCGAGCUCCCAGCUUACCAGCGCCGAGCGUUCAACGCGCCACGGAGAACUGAUCCAGCUGAAGGCCCUCAAACGUCGCCAGCGAUUCGAGCAGCCGCGCCAGCGAAAGCUUCUCAAGCACCAGCACCGGGACACUGAGGACCAGGGUCACGACGAGCGGGACGAUGACAUGCGCGACGUCGACUUGCGAAUGCGGCACGACGCUCGUCAACUGACACUGCUAGAACGCUCGGCGCGUCUCGAUCGCCAUCGGGAUGUGGUGCUGCUGAAGCUGCUGAUUGCCAGUGGCUUUUAUCCGCAGCUGGCUGUCGUCGACGAGUUCAACUACUGCAAGGGAGGGGGCCAGCAGUUCUUUCACACGCGGCUAAAGCCAUUCCUGUCCCAGCACCCCAAUUCCCACUUUGCCAAGUACUUCGAUCUCCUGCAGUUGUCUGACAGUGACCUGCUACCCAAGCCGUUCUACUACACCGCCAAACAUCCGCUUAGUUCGCGACAUCAGAUUCUCUGUUACCAAUCGCUCCUGGAGACUGCGAAACCAUAUCUGAUGAACUGUAUCAGGCUGCCCUGCGCCCAAACGCUCUUGCUGUUCGGCUUCGCCAUCGACACGAAUGCGGGCCUCACGCAGAUCGUCUGCGAUGGCUGGCUGGGAAUCGAUCUCCCUGCACCCGGCAGCGGAAUGCAGCUGCUUAGUCGCGGCAUUGAGCUCCGCCGCCGAUGGAGCGGUCAACUGUACGCGAAGCUUAAUGAACUCAGUGAUAAGCAAGAUGCGCCUUCCUCCGCAAGGAGCGUGAGUAGUGAUCUGUGGCAUGAUCUGCUGGACUUUAUGGCCUUAGAUGUCGCGUACGCAGUCCGACGCCUUCUGCCCGCCGAUCUUAAGCGUCUUUACACGCACCAAGCUCCGCCUGAGAGGAUCCGGGACCUUAAGGAGAACCCCUUUGCGCCUGGAUAUGCGAUGAGUGCUAACGAGGAAAAAGGUGGCAUCAAUGUCUCGGAGCACGUAGUGUACGCGUGCUUGGCGGAACAGCAAUGGACGAUGAAAAUGGACGCGGCUCUGAAGGAACAGCCUUGGGAGUGCGCGCACUGCGAUUUUACUAUGGAAGAGUUCGACGUGUUGGAGCAGUUGAUACACCGUUCUCAGUGCCGAGGUGGUCGAAAAAAAAGUAAAGUUUCUUCCAAUACGAGGUCCGAUAAAGAGCUGGACCCCGAACGCAGCGGGUCAGCAUCCCAGUCCUCUGGAAACUACUUCUGCGAGACAUGCAAGCGCCAGCUGCAACUCUCGCGGAUUGAAAUCCUGCGACAUCGAAGACAAUGCCUAAAAGUUGAGGGAAACGAUGCUCCGAAAUAGUUUAAUUUAAAGCUAAAGUAAAUGUUUAUAUGUGCGCUUUAACAUUCAAUUUUCUCUUUAAAGAAUAUAAUGAUUCGACCUGUUUUUUGUACAGGGAUUCUAUAAAAAUAA